CGAUUCACAAAUCUGUUUCAGUUCAGAGUGGGCGAGCUAAACAGAGCUCCGUGUGGAUUGUGAAGAAGAUAUUCUCGGGCAGGCAGGACCUGCACAGUCACCCGCCCUGUGAGAAAUGGUACAUAGACAGGCGAAAAAACACAGAUUGCUCCAUCAUGGCUACAUUAUUGGAACGGUUGGUUUUCCUACAAAAAGUGCCAACGCUUAUGCGAGCAACAUCAGAUGACGAAUCGCCUUGUCCCGGCUAUCUUUUUGAGGAAAUUGGCAAAAUUUCCCAUGAGUCAGUGGGCUGCUGCCAGUGUCUUCUCGAGUACCUCUUGGAGAGACUACAGGUGGAGUCCUGCCAUGUCAAACUUAAGGUCCUGAAGAUUCUCCUGCAUUUAUGUGGCCAUGGACCACCUCACUUCCUCACAGAGCUACGGCGGAAUGCUACAUUUAUACAGGAAGUAAUAGUCUACAGUGGCCCCCCGGACCCCAUCCAUGGAAGUGCUCUUUUUCAGAAAGUCAGAAGCUCAGCUCAGGAGUUGGCUAGCCUACUAUUUAAUGAUACCAUGUCCUCAGAUUCUGGACUGUUUCCACACAAAACAGUGACACAAUCUGUGGGAAUGGGCUCAGAGUUGCACAGGUCUGGCAUGCAGGGGUUUGGAUACAGCCCAGGAAGGAAAGAGUCCAGUGGAGGGACUCUAUUGGACAAGAUUCAGAAAGCUGCCGAGGUGGUUGCCAGCGCUGUCCUUCCUCCAACAGAGCAUCCUGGCAUCCGUCUACAUGACAACCACUACCACGCUGUGGUGGCGCCCUCUGCUACUGUGGAGAUGGCAGUACCAGCAUGUGCCUACAACAUCCCAGCCCACGGCCACAGAGCAUCUCACAGGUGCCCAGGGCAGGCUGGUGGAGGCUGGGAGGAAACGGACAGUGGGCACAGCUCCUCCCACAACUCAUCCCAGGAGACUGCGGAAACCAGCCAGGCCUCACUGGGAAGAAGCAGUAAGUCGGGCGGCUCUGGCAGCCAUUCCGGCGCGAGUCGGGAGAGUGGUGACCUAUCAGAACGUGUGGAGGCCAUUCAGCUGGGGGACUGUGGUCAGGAGACGGCACUUAUCAACCGACUGACCAAUGGUUCCAAAGUCUUCCUAUCCAGAGAAGAGAGCCAGUACUUCAUCAAAGAAUGCUCAACUCUCAACUGUGAGGUGGUUGUUGAACUUCUCUCUCGCAAACUUCAGGACCACACACAAAUCGUCCAAAUGAGGGCGUUGUGUGCUCUGGCCUGCCUGAUGUCUUCAGACUUCCUCUCUCUAGAUCAUAUUUUCAAUAUCACACACAAACGCCUCGAACAACUUAGUGAAGGAACCACCGGCCCUGUCGCCAACAAGGCAACCAAGCUCCUAAGGCAGUUUGAGGCCUUGCUUGGUUGUGUCACAAAUCCCAGGUGUGACCGUGCUGGGGGUCCAACCUCCUCCGUUUCUUCACUUUCAGACCAGUCCUCUGAAUCAAUGACCAUCCCCUUUGUUCCAGGACAACUUGGAGAAAUCGCAACCUCGGUUAUCCCAUCAGAGGAGACCCCAUCUACACAAAACCCACAGAGUAACAGCGCUGUAUCUGGGUCUCAUAUAAAAAGACAGCAAGAAGAGGGGGGAAACAGAAACAUGGACACCUCCAAGAUCGUAGAACCACCCAGACUGUCGCUCUUCAGUGGAAUGGAGCUAGUUAACAGAAGCAAACCUGUAUGUUUGGUUGAGCCUGUUCUUGUCGAGUCAGACGCCCAGACAAGUGUAGAAGCCACUACAGGCAUAGACUGUGUGAUUGAGAAAAGCUGUGAGAGAACUGCAGGCUCACCCACAUCAAGUGAGCAAGUGUCUGCUUUCUCCUUCCUUAAUCUCUGAUGCCAACAUUCAUUUACGGUUGUGUGCUGACAUGGGGGGAAAUAACCCUUUCUUUCAUGUUCACAUGAUUCAGCCUAUGAGUGGUUUCUUCUUGAACAGAAUCAGCUUCCGAGAGAAAGAAAUUUUUGAAUGGAAUGGUUAACAACCUUGUGAUAUUAAUAAUAAUAAUAAUGGUAUGAUUAUAAUUGCUGCAAGUGACUACAUUUACAUGCACAUGCAGUAACAUGAUUGCCAUGACCCGAUUAAACCAUUUCUGGUUUCCCGAAAUCUGAAUAGAGACCCUUGACUGAUGCUUGUAUUAAUCAUAAUUCUGAGUCUCGUAACCACCUUAUUAGGAAGAUCAAAUGUUCAUUUAUCAGUACCAUUCGAAAGCUUGGGGUCAGUAAGAUUUUUUUGCUUGCUUGUUUUUGAAAGAAAGAAAGAAAUUAGGACUUUUAUUCAUUAGAAUGCAUUAAAUUUAUUAUUUAUAAUGAUACAAAAGAUUCUGAUGUUGUUCUUUUGAACUUUCUUAUUAUCAAAGAAUCCUGAAAAAAAUAUUAAGCAGCACAACUGUUUUCAACAUUGCUGUUGAAGAAACAUCUUUCUUAUUAUGAUCAAAUCAGCAGAUCAUGCGACAAUAAAGACUUUGAUGCAAAUUUGCUCUGCUUUGCGUCAAAGGAAUAAAUUAAAUUUGAAAAUAUAUUAAAAUUAAAAACCAUUAUUUUAAAUUGUAAUAAUAUUUCACAAUAGUUUUUUUUUCUGCAUUUCUGAUCAAAUAAGUGCUGCCUCGGUGAGCAUAAGAGACUUCUUUCAAAAACAUGAAAAAUAUUACCAACCCCAAAACUUUGAAAGGUAGUGUAUACAUUUUGCAUGUUAAAGUGCUCUUGAUGAGUUUAAGUCAGAAUAACUAAGAAAAAAACUCCAGUAUUUCCUUCAGAGAAGAGCAGAAAAAGAACAUGCAUGUCUUAUAUGCUGACUACAUGAUUACAACUGGAAAAUUCCAGUUGCUGUCACGGAUUUUUGUGCAUGUGAAUGUGGUCACUGUCUUAACCAGUACUUAUGGAGAUAACAUCUACCUGCAAUUGCAACUGCAACAUACUCUUUAUGCACUGUCUAAAUGCUGCUAGUGGUUCACAUUAAAGGGAUACUUCACCCAAACACAAAGGAAGACAUUUUGAAGAAUGUUGUAACCAAACUUCUAUUGACUUCCAUAGUAUUUUAUCCAUAUUAUGGAAGCCAAUGGUGCCCCAAAACCAUUUGGUUACAAUAUAUCUCCCUUUGUGUUCAGCAGAACAAAGAAAUUUAUGCAGGUUUGGAACAACUUGAGGAAAUGAUGACAGAAUUUUCAUUUUUGGGUGAACUAUCCCUUUAAGUCGCAUUAAGGCUGGGAAUAGUCUUGAUGAUCAGUUUGGUACAUCCCUUCAAAUCAUUCUGAAUUCUUUGCGAUACUAUUGAGAAACAACUCAGGAUGCUUUUCUGUUCUGGUGUUAAACACAAGUGUUGCUGAAAUGGUUGCUACUAUUUGCACUACAUUCUUUCCUCUAACUGAAAGCACUUAUGUCUUCCUGUAUGCAUUAUAAAAUAAGAACAAACAUUACCACCCACAUAGUCAAGUUUGAUCAGAAUACAUCCUGCCAAACUAUUGUGUGUAAAUAUAUAAAUAUAUAAACAAUU